UUGUGAGCAAUGUUUGUGUGCAAGUUGACGGUGGGUCUUGUGGCCCUUUUACUGGCCUGCUCUGUCAGAGCUGAAGUGGAGCCCGUGUUGUCUGUGGGAGAGCUGCUGGAGAGAGCCAACAGAGGCAUUGUUCGUGGUGCUGAUGAACCGACUGUUAUUGGGGACAUCGCCGUUGAUGAUGGAAGGAAUGCUGAUCCUUGUACCUCCACCGGCUGCAAGUGGGCCAAGUACAGUAAUGGACUGGUCUACGUGCCAUACGUCAUUGCCAACCACUUCAGCUCCCGUGAGCUACAGGUAAUCCAGCGUGGCUUGGAUUCCUUCGCUUCAGUCUCCUGCAUCCGCUUCACACCACGCAGCAACGAAAGAGAUUACAUCAGCAUCGAGUCCCAAAGCGGAUGUUAUUCCUACGUUGGACGACGUGGUUAUGCUCAGACUGUGUCUCUGGAUCGUAAUGGCUGUAUCUACCACAACACCGUCCAACACGAGCUGCUCCACGCUUUGGGUUUCAACCAUGAACAGACCCGUAGUGACCGUGACAACCACAUCCGUGUCGUCUGGGAGAACAUCAUCGACAAUAUGAAGUAUAACUUUGAUAAGAUUGCCACUCUGAACCAGGGAACUUCUUAUGACUACAACUCUGUUAUGCAGUAUCACAGAACUGCUUUCUCUAAGAAUGGUCAGCCCACCAUGGUCCCCAUCCCCAACAGCAAUGUGGCCAUUGGCACGUCCACUCAGAUGAGCCAGAAUGAUAUUACCAGAAUCAACAAACUCUACCAGUGCUGUAAGUAA